CUCCACCCUUCGGCCUCGUUGAAUUUCAUUGCUCACAACGUGCCAAAUUUUAAGAAACGAAGACCUGUUCAAGAGAUACUACAAAUCAUUCGCUCUUCCUAAUGUUCCGCAAGAAAUCAUAGUGAUCGCAUAAUCUAGAGCAGCCAACGCUCAAGUCGCCCGAGAGAGGUGCUUACGACGAUGGCAGCUCAUUUGCAACCCAACAACGAGCAGAUUGAAAACGUGGUCAACUUGACAGGUGUAUCUCGUGAAGAGGCGAUACAAAGACUCAAGGGCAACAACAAUAAUGUCGAGCAAGCUAUUGGCGAGUUCUUCGAUUCUGAUGGCAGCUCCAACAAAUAUCGAUGGGAUGAGGCCGCAUUCAAUAACGAUCAAGAUGGCAUACCGAGCAAUCAUGGCAUAGCAUUCGAUAUCCACGCCCCAGAUGAUCCAGGACCGUACGGACCACGCUUCGAUGGCGCUGGAGCUCCUUCCCGACCUCCUUCUCGGACGAGCAACAAUAAAUCUCCUCUUAGUAAGAUCAUAGACUUAACAGUGGAACAUGCAGCUGCUGAUCCUAGCAUGUCCAUAGGUUUUGACCACGAUUCAGAAUUACAACAAGCACUCGCAGCUUCAAGGGCUGAAGCUGGUAUGUCACCGCAGGAGACUGGAGUCACAGGCACAGAUCAAGUUUAUUUCGGUCCAGCAACUCGCCCGCAGAAUGAAUACGAUUCAGGACAAUGGGGUCUGGUUCCGUUGGGGAAGUCUGCAAUUCAAGACGAAUUUUUGGAUCCGGAACCAGCUCAACGAGUACGAGCAGCGGAUGCUCCAGCCUUCCUCAAACCGAGCAAGAAUCACCGUCUUGGGGCCCUCAUUACGAUAUACCACGAGAUUCCAGUCACACGGAAUUUGUUUAUGAAUGCACAGGACACUGAUAUUCACUUCGGGUAUGACAAAGAGUGGUGGACUGGCAAACAGAUUGAGCUCCCGAACUUGUCUCCAGAAGACGAGCAGACGCACUUCACUGUGGACAGAGAGUUUCAGCGUCUGAUGGCUUUCCUUGACAAGACCGAACGAAGUUAUGGUUCUGUGGAAGCUUUGGCCAAUCAUCCAGAGGUAGUGAGAGCCCAUCGCAGGAAGAGCGACCAGAGUAUAGAAGCUGCCGUCCUGGAUUCGUGGCGCCGCAAAUUCGACCCCAACAAGUUGGCACUGACUCGACAAAUCUUCAGUACAGGCGUGGACUCCGAGCGAGAGGAGAAUGCACAAGAUUUUGCAAUUUUGGAGCUUAUUCUUCCUAUGACAGGUUCCAUGCAAGAAACAUUCUAUGACAUGGCUGACGAGAUCUUGUGGCCAAAUUUUGGACCGACGGAUAUCUCGGACAGUCCUUACUUGUCCCGUAUUGCAGAGGUCAUAGCUUUCCAAGUUGAGGGAUCAGAUGACCGCAAGCGUGUGGAAAUCCCCCUAGUGUGGUAUCCAGAUCGCUAUCUGAAGCCUGCAAGACAAGCAGCACUGGAUAUGCGACUACAUAAGCGUGAAGUGCAGGAAGAACUUGAGCGAAUAGACAAGCUGGAAGACCAAUUAACUCAUAUACCUUUGCGAACAGGGAAAAUUGUCAAGGUACAAGAUCUCUUGAACGCUUCCCUGAAGCAUGACAAUUACGAGGUCAAGAGAGAUGUCUCGGAGCUCGACGAUGAUAUGCUAUCUGAGAGACGUCCAAGUCCGGCGGCUACGAAACUCUCUUCGGAGCUCAGGAAAUUGGUCGCAAGCAUCGAUAAGAAAUUAAUAGCCCUUAACGAGGAGAAAGAGAAGGCUCGACAAACCUUCCGUGAAUUGUCCAAGCUCUACACUGAGCCAACAUCGGAACCAGAUAGCCCGAAGCUUCACAAAUAUACACUGCGUGGCGUAAGCACCAGCAUGAAUACGAUGUUCAUCUGUCGCCGAGCGGAACCAGAUCUGAUCGAUAUGGAUGUUGAUGGUGACGAACCAUCGGGUCCAAAGGACCAAUGGUGGAUGAUCAACUAUGCAAAUGAAGGAUAUAAUCCUGUGACUGUUGAAAAAACGACCACGGAAAGGGUCUUGGAAGAGGCAAGAUACGAGACCUCAAACACGUUGCUGGUAUAUGCUAGCGAAAAGGCAAUGAACCAUCCGAUACAAGCUCUACCUAAAGCUCUUGAAUCUUUCGUCAAAUGGGAAAAUACCAACUUCAAGUCCGAAUUUAGGACCGUUGAGGAUAUCCAGACGGACACACAGACUAUCAUAGAUGAUUCUCAACCGGUUGGCCUAUCCUCUCCCGGCAAAAGGAAAUUCCAUGAGAGCUCAUUGUAUAACCAGGACUAUGGUGUGAAAAUCUCCGAACGAGAAGUUCGAACCUCCGACGGAUCCCCUGAUUGGGACGCAGGCCCAUCCAAUGAUAGCUUUGCGCCAAAUGGAAAACAAGAGGUAAUUAUGGGAAUCGAUCCGUCUUUACUCACAAAGGACCACAAUGACCACGAGGCGGGACAAGAAAUGCAGGAGCGUAGCAGCAUGCCAAUGCUAUCUGGUCGCCCACUAACCAAGGAGAAGGCGAGUACCAUCGAUAGCAUGGAUCUCGAUCAAGUUGUGGAGGACAUGAAUGUCAAGGAAGAGAGUGCCGCGGUCAAGCACGUUGGAUUUGUUGAAUGAAUGGAGAGAACUAAGUAAUGUGUAUGCUUAAAUGACUUGAAUACCCAUCGACGAUGCAUUAAUGGAUGCUUAAUACUUAUUAAAUACUCGAGUGAAUG